AUGGGUUGUUCAAAUGCUCGUUUAUUAGUACAAACAUCAUUAUCUGAACCAAAUGCAGCAACAAAUUUAAAUAUGAAUAAUCCUUUGAAUCCAUUACCAACAACAGGCACAACAUCCAAUGAAACAUCACCAAUUGGUAUUGUUACCGAUACAAAUAAUUCAACAACACGAAUGCACUUAACAGGAGUUGAUCUUGUUGUUGAAAGAAAUGGAUCCUAUACACUAUUACUAACACCGAAAACUCAUAAACAGUUAAUGCCCUAUGUAUUGCGAAAAAAACGAUUUCGGAUUCUCGUUGAUAAAUCUCGCUCAGAAGAAACAUCUACUGUUAAUGUACCAUUAUCAUCUUAUCAUUUAACAAAUCAAGAACGAAUCAUGGAAAAUGAUAAAGAACUAAAAUUAAAUGAAAAAAAAUCUAAAAAACAAACAAAAGAUAUUAUGGAACCAACCAUUGAAAUUGUUCAACAAGUUGCAACCAAUGAACUUGAUAAAGCAAAAGCACGUUUUAUUGGUGGUCGAAGUAUUGAUCGUGGUGAUCCGGAAGAUGAAAAUGAAAAUAUUCAAUCCGAUGAUGAAGGUAUGAUUGAAGAAAUUAUAACAACUGUUGAAGAAGAUAAAGAUCUUGAAUGUAAAGUUAAAAAGAAAAUUGAAACUAAAAAAACUAUUGCACAAGAUCCUGAAACACAUAAUAAAAUAACAAAAGUUGUUAAAACUGAAGUUACUGAAAUAACACGAACAAUAACAAUUAAUGAUCAACAUGAUCUUGAACGUGCUAAACGUGAAUUAGGUAUUGAUGAUGUUAACAAAUUAUUAUCAUCAACACAAAUAACAUAUAAUACACAACCAACAACAUCAUCAUCAUCAUCAUGGAUUGAUCAACCACGUUUAAUACAUGUACAAGAAAAAUAUUAUGAACCAUCAAAUGAAAUAGUUACAUCAGGUGAUUUUCCAUCUGAUAGUCCAAUAAAACAACAUUCACCUACAAUUAAUAAUAAUGAACAAGAAUCUAAACAAGAUCAAACAUUAGCUGAUGCAACAACUGUUGGACGUGGUCCUGUUAUUGAAACAAUAUCUUCAUCAUCAUCUCCUCAAUCAAUAUUAUUACAAAAACAACAGCCAACAACAGUUGAUGAACAAAAACGAAUUUCAACAAAACCAAAGAAAAAAAAAUCAAGUCUUAAUAUAUGUUCAUGUACACGUAAUACAACAAAUGAUUAUGAUGAAGAACAACGUAAACAAAAAGCAGCAACUAUAAUUGAACAAAAAUCAAAACAAAAAAAGAAGGCAUCAAGUACAACAGCAAAUGCAUUACUUACAUCAACAAAUCUUCAAAGUGAAUCUCAAAAUCAAGGUCAAAAAUUAGUAUCGGAUGAUAUUAAAAAAUUAAUUAAAGAUAAAAAAUCUUUAUUAAUUAAUUAUAUACAUUUAAAAAUUUUUUUACCAUCAAAAUUAUUUACAACAAAUGAACAAGAUAUAAAAGGAAGAAAAAUUUCAUCACGUAUACUUGAUUUAUUACAACAGGAUCGUUGUUCAUCAUGGAAUAAUCUUUUUGAACAAAUAAAAAAUGAAUAUUCAGAACAAUUAUCACCAAAUUUAUUUAUACAUCCAAUGAUUAAAACAUAUGAAGAUUUAUUUACAACUAAACAAUCAAAUUUAUUAAAUACAUUUUCAACAAUACAUCAUGAAAAAGAUAUUAAAAAUCUUCCGGAAAAUAUUGAUUAUAUAACUAUUGUACAAACAUAUAUUAAUGAACGAGAUCAUCAACUAAAUAUUAGUGUUAUUACUAAACCAAUUGAAGAUACACUCGAACGUUUACAACAUCAUGGACAAUCUGAUGAAAAAGGUUAA